AUGGGUGGAGAAGAGACACCGGGGAAGAGAGUUUGGACUGAAGAGGACCGUGAUGUUGUGUUGAAGAAGGGUCCUUUUGCUGUGUAUGGAAAACGUAUGUUCCUUGAACCACCACCAAAAGAGUUCUCUGAGGCGUAUGAAGAUUACCGGUUCCUUCCAAUGGAAAGAAAUGUGGAUGCUGGGCAUGGGAAUGAGAAUGGUGAUACCGAGACUCAAGCUCUUGUAGCUACGGAUGUGUGUGAGGCUGUUGUGGGUGACGAAGAGGAUGUGGCAGAAAAGAGAACUGAUGAGGCAGCACUGGUGGUAGUCGAAGAUGGUACAGGAGUGCAAGAUAUUGUAGCUACACCUUUGCAACAACCUUUUGGAACUCCACAAGUCGAGGUGCAAUCUCCUCCACCACCUCUUGAGAUUGGAGAUGAGGCCGCAAAUGAGACAUCUGACGCAGAAAUUCCACAAGUUGAGGUGCAAUCCCCUCCACCACCUCCUGAAAUUGAAGAGGAGGCCGGUAACGACAAAGAAGAAGCUGCUUUGUCAAAAUCUGCUAGAAGAAAGGCCCGAAAGGCUAGGAAGGCGGCAGAAGCUGCCUUGAACCCUCCAUGCAACCUUGAGACUGUCUCUGAAGUUGAUCCGGAUCCACAGGCAGAAAAUGAAGAAGAAAAUGUUGUCACCUUACCCAUAGAGCCCUCUCGUGUGGUGGCUGGGGCAAGAAGACGAUCCCCGCAAUCUAAGAAGCAAAAGAAAACAUCUCGGACAUCCCUGCCACUUGGGAUUAACAAAGUGGCUGGCGGCGGUGUCUGGGACUUCGUUUGGAACAAUAAACUAUCUGUUAUUGCACUUCUGGAAACUAAAUUGUCGAUUGAGAAAGCUGACUUGUUCGUUAAAAACCGAAAGAAUGGAUGGAAGCUUGCAACCAACUUCCAUGAUACUGUUGGUGGAAGGAUUCUUGUUACAUGGAACCCAGCGCUAGUAGACUGCUCAAUCCUUGAGACUGGACCUCAACAUGUCCACUGUCUCAUUCUAUGCAAGAUUUCUCAGAAGAAGAUUCUUUGUACUUUUGUCUAUGGCCUCUUUUCUGUAGUUGCGAGAAGGCAAUUAUGGGAGAAGAUUGAAGCACUUGGACUAUUGAUUGUUGAACCAUGGGUAAUCUCAGGUGACUUUAAUACAGUGUUAUCACCAUCUGAAAGAAGGGGAGGAAACGAACCAACUAGAUAUGAGCUUCAGGAUUUGGAGAAUUGCUGUGCGAACAUGGAUCUAACGGACUGCCCUUCUACUGGAAAAUUUUUUACGUGGAGAAAUAGGUAUAUGGAAGCCAAGCUGGAUCGGGUACUGAUCAAUGAUAGAUGGGGAGCCAACGGGUUAACAUGCAUGGCAGACUUCAAGUUGUUGGCAUGCAAUUCAGAUCACUGUCCCGUAGUUAUAACUACGUCCAUUGCUAUAAGUGACGGAAAAAGGCCAUUCAAAUUUUUAAACAUGUGGCUCACACACCAGGACUUCAAAGUUACUCUUGAAAAUGUGUGGAGAGAGCAUGUGGAGGGAUCGAAGCAGUAUAUUCUGGCCAAGAAACUUAAGUCUCUUAAAGGACCUCUUCGCACUCUUAACAGAAAUGCGUUCAGCCACAUCUCGGAGAGAACCCGAGUCGCGAAAGAAGCCUACUCUGUUGCGCAAGAUGAGUUGGAUGUCCUAAACGCGAAUGAACAAGAGAGGGCUUAUGUUAAUGAUCUUCGGAAGAGGGCCUUGUUCUUGAUGGAGGCUGAAAGACGAGAAAGGAAUGGAACGGACAAUACAUAUUUUGGCCAUGGCUCCAAUGUCUCUGCCGAUCAAGCUUUGAACCUUGUGGCCCCAAUCUCUAAAGAAGAAAUAAAGGAAGCUUUAUUCUCUAUGGGUAAUGACAAAGCUCCGGGGCCCGACGGGUACACUGCCGCUUUCUUCAAAGUUAAUUGGAACCGGAUUGGUUCACUGGUCAUAGCGGCAGUGAUGGAAUUUUUCAGAAAUGGGCAACUGUUGAAGCAAUGGAAUCAUACCGUUAUUGCCUUAAUCCCCAAGAAGAUGCACGAUCAAAGGGUCGAGGAUUUUAGACCAAUCGCGUGCUGCAAUGUUUUUUACAAGAUAAUAACGAAGAUAAUUGCAGCACGCAUGGGACGAGUACUGCCGGACAUUGUGGACCAAGCCCAAGGGGCUUUUGUAGGUGGGAGAUCGGUGUCUGAUAAUGUUAUGCUUGCUCAGGAACUUAUAAGGGGAUAUUCAAGAAAAAGAAUAUCCCCGAGGUGCAUGAUAAUGGUGGAUAUCCGAAAGGCUUAUGACACUGUUAGCUGGGAUUUCUUGAAGGAGGUUCUGCAUGGGUUCGGGUUUCCGAGUAUCUUCACUGAAUGGAUCAUGGAGUGUGUAAGCACAGCAUCUUUCUCGGUGAGCAUUAAUGGUACUUUGCAUGGAAAGUUUGAUGGAAGGCGGGGAUUAAGGGGAGAUGUAAGCUCGGUGGGAAUAAUGAUGAAUGCGUUGAAUGAGCUCGAAGGGACCUCAGGGCUAGCGAUUAGUGCUACGAAAUCGAAACUGUUUUGUGCUGGGGUGCGUGAUGACCUUAGCUUCACACGCAUCCCUAAUGGCACCUUGCCUGUUCGUUACCUUGGGGUUCCUUUAGAUGCUCAAAAGCUAAAGGUAUCUUGCUACACCCCUCUUUUUGAUUCCAUUAACAAGUAUAUAUCUGCCUGGAAGGGAUUUUCUUUAUCUUAUGCAGGUAAGCUUGAACUGAUAGCCAAGGUGAUCCAAGGUGUGGUAGCAUACUGGAUGCAAGAGUUUUCUCUACCACCCACAGUUAUUGAAAGCAUAAUUUCUAUAUGCCGAAAAUUCCUAUGGGGUGGAAAAAGGGCUCUUGUAUCAUGGGAUGUUAUCUGCAGGCCAAAAGAUGAGGGCGGACUUGGCUUGCGAAAUUUGAAACAUUGGAACAAUGCGUUUAUGACAAAAACACUCUGGAAUAUCCACACCCGGAAAGAAACGUUAUGGAUUCGUUGGGUCCAUGACUUUUAUUUACGGAAUGUGGACUUCUGGACGUGGAAUCCGGGAAGAAACGAGUCCGCCCUCAUGCGUAGUUUGGCGAAGGUUAGGGACCUUCUCGUAAGCAGAUUUGGAACCACUAGUGACUGUAUCAAUAAACUGGCCUCUUGGAAUGGACCGAAUGGCAUUAAUACUUCGGCCGUGUAUGAAGCAAUUCGUCCACAAAGCCCAAAAAAGUUUGCCAUGAGGUUUAUUUGGAAGAGCUUUGUCCCUCCUAAAUUUGCUUUUUGUACGUGGCUUUGCUUACAUGGAAGGCUACUCACGAAAAGCAAUGUAAUCUUCAUGGAGAUUGACAAACAUUGCUCGUUUUGUGGUGCUACACUGGAAGAUAUCAACCACCUUUUCUUCAUGUGCCCGUUCUCUAAACAAGUUUGGGACCGUGUAAGAGAUGGUGUUGGUAUUGCAAGGAAUACGGCCUCUAUCAAAGGAGCAAUAAAAUGGCAUCAUAGGGAUUCUCGAGGAACCCGGCCUCGAUCCAAGAUUGGUGCUCUAGCUAUCAUGGCCUCGGUUUUCCAUUUAUGGAAGACAAGGAAUGCUCUUUAUUUUGAUCAGAUGGCUGCCGAUGUGGACCGUACUUCUACCAUGAUCCUCAAGAACAUUUUCCAGGUGAUGUACAGGUUAUACCCGAAUGGGUGGAAUGCAUGA